AUGUCGGACACAACGAAGGACGCUGAAACUAUUCCCAAGACCGAGGAAGCUCCCGAGCAGACACAGCCCGAGAAAGCCGAAGAGAAGGAAACUAAGCAGGAGACACCGCAAGAAACCCAGCCGGAAGAAGAAGAAGAGGUCGUCGAAGGUAACUGGAACACUCGAAAGGUCGAAGUAAAGGAGAUCAAGGUGGUAACUGGCGAAGAGGAUGAGGAGAUAUUCUGGCAACAAAGGUCCAAGUUGUAUCGCUUUGCUCCCGACACCGAUGGAGAACUAGUAUGGAAGGAGCGCGGUCUCGGAGAGUCCAAGCUUCUUCGACACAAGACCACUGGAAAGAUAAGGUUCCUCCUCAGACAAGAUAAAACAUUGAAGGUCGUCGCCAAUCACUAUGUACUGGAAACGGACUCCCUUUGCAAGCUGAGACCCAAUAUUGGCAGUGACAAGAUUUGGGUGUGGACUGCAAACAACACUUACGACGACGAGACUAAGGUGGAACAAAUGGCCUUGAAGUUCGGACAGAUUGACCAGGCUAAGUUAUUUAAGGAGAAAUUUGAGGAGGCCGCCAAGAUUAACAAGGAUUUGUUCGAGGUGUAA